AGAUAUAAAUAGACUGAUAGAAACAUUAUAAUUGGGUCAGGAAAUACCAACAAAACUAGGGGUUUCCCUCCAAUGCUGCUCGAUCACUUCCCGUUUCCCAAGCAUUCCCCUUGCUGCGUUGAAACAAGUCCGGACACGUCCAGCUUUCUGUUUUACUUUUGUUUAGGAACUGAUCUGCUUUCAUUUGGUUGGAGCCAGGGGUUCAACACAAAAGAUCACGUGGCUUGUUAAUAUUUUGCGCUCAUUUAUGUAGACUGUAUUUAUAUUUAGACCAUGCUGCAAUUCUUCUGCUGAAAAUUUCCAUCGGGAGGCCCAGCCCAGCAGCGCCUUUUUACGUAUAGCCAAGACCUACUUUACUUUCUUGACUUUCUUCUCGUGAGCUGAUGAGGUGUUCGAGUUGAACCCGCCCAAUCACCAACAACAUUCUGCGUGUAACCUGUUGAAAAGAAAGAGGCAGAUGGAGACGGGCAGAGCACCAAUACCAGAGGGCUCUGCCCAGCCUCUUAUCGACGGAGGUUCCCCAUCUGUGUCCCGGAUCCAGGUUCAGUCACCUCUUUCUACCACGGUAACUGUGGCAGCCGCCCACACGUCAUCAUUGCCGUCUUCUUGUGGCAGCAGCGACACAGUCCCUACCACCACUCCCACUACACAGUAUGUUUUGGAAGAGAAGACCACUACUGUUCGUGUGCCCAUGUUGCGACCUCGUCCUGCCUUACUGAAAGUGUUACAGCUCGCAGGGGGCAUUGGAGAAACAUACACUUUGAAAGAGAUCAUUGGACUGGUCCAGGAGUACAUUCAGGAGAGGAAACUCUAUGAUGAAAACAACCCACACAUGGUCUACUGUGGCGCGGAUCUGCUGGGGGAGGCCCUGCGCGUGCAGCAGUUUUCUGUCAUGGAAGCCUUAGGUCUUUUUCACCGCAACUGCUCCCUGGAGCCGGAUUCAUGUAUCCGUAUUCGGAGACAAUUGGUGACGAGGGCUGUGACUGUUCCAGCAUCAGACGCUUCUUCUUCUGGCACGGCUUUGUUCAGCACUGCCGGGCUCCCAGCAUCGGCCAACACCUCUUUGUCCUCUUCUUUAUCAUCAACUUCGGCUUCUGGAUGUAGCUCAGUUCUGUCCCAGCUGCCCACUAGUGGAGCUUCAAACAUUCCAACAGAGCAGGUUUCAUGCACUCCAGAGUCAUCGGGAAGUCUGUCAAGCUCUUUGCCUUCGUCAGGAUCUCAAGCAUCGUCGCAAAAAUCAGCAUCAUCACCCCAGUCUGUCUCAUCAUCGACCACUGUUCUCACCGGAGCCACCAGCCCAUCUGUUGUUGUGAAGCAGUCGGAGCUGGACGCUCACUUACACACAAAGGAAGGUGAUCAGGUUGUGACCUCAACUGAUAGCUCAAGUGAUGGGGACGAGAACAAACGGAAAGACAGAAAGAGAAAAUCAGAUGAGAAUCAAGUUCCGUCGGGCUCAGUACCUCGUCGGCGGAGCACUUCUGUCAGCGUCAAGUGUGAUGAGAUUGAUGGGGGUUCGGGUCCAUGGCAGUGUGAGGUGAUGGUGGAGACUUCAGCUGCUGGCUCAGCGCUCCGCCCUCAGGAU